GCAAGAUUUCGUCGAUUCUUUGGGUCGUCGUUCACGAUGAUAUCUCUGUUGCUGCCAAUUGGAUAUAAGACGAUAAGAAAAAGCUCCAAACAACUUGAAAGGAACGAUAGGUACCUCCAUCCUGAUCAGAUCCCUUUUUACUUAUCUUACUCUACCUAGCUAAGUUAGCUAGAGUUAUCUUAGUCAAGAUGGUAUCUUCUGCUUCUUCAGUGUCUCAUGGUCCAUUGGGCCGACUUCAGGUGUUCCUGAUACCCUUGGCAUUGGUUCUGGCUUGUCUGGCAAUAAGUCCAUCCCUGGCGUUUACCACUUCUAGCCCCUUCAGUGUUUCACCAAGACAUCAGUCCAGACAAUUAUUUUCAGCUCCUUCGCCGUCUGAGGCUUCUUCUACUGGUACGACGGACGGCGUGGAAUUUACGCGCAUUCCCGAGGCUACCCCCAGCGACGAGUGGGAAUUGGACUGCUACUCGCGUCCCGUGGUGAUCAACGGCAAGAAACUGUGGGAAGUGCUGAUUACGGAUUCUACGGGUUCCUUUCGCUAUGUCAAGACAUUGCCCAGCAAUCAGGUCAACUCCAAACAGCUGCGAACCACCGUGGAAACCAUGGUGGAAGACUACGUCGAUCAGUACGAUCUAGAAGCGCCGUCCAUUAUAAGAUUCUUUCGAGGUGCCAUGUUCAACAUGAUCAACAUUGCACUCACGGAUCUAGAUGUUUCCAGUAGACCUUCUAGGUGUACGUUUGCGUUGGGACAGUGGCUAGAAGAACGACACAGGGAUACUUACCCCAAAAUGGAGGGCUACCGAGCUUCCAUGGUUGGCGCGGCCGGUCCUUCGUUUAUGGAUGUUCGAACUCCCGUCAAACUACCCGAUGCCCUCCGAGGAGAACAAUACGCAUUCGUAGGAUUGCCCUUGGCCGAAUUCUUGCCCGGUGGAGAUAUUUCACAAGACAAUAUUGGGGUGGGAAAACUAUGUCCCAUUGAUCCUACAUUGCCCGCCGAUGCCUUUGUCCAAGGCGUCGUCAUUUUGACCCAACGGGCACCGGCAUUGGCAUCCUGGUUGGCCGGAACCGAAGCGGUCGCACUCAAGUGCGAUUUACGAAAACGACAACUCGUCAUGGAAACCGACAUUGAUACACAAUAUCUAGUGGCACGCCUCGAUGAUGUCCAGCGCAUGGAAGGAGCCGCAUUUGAAGAAGGCAAGGAUGCAUUGAAUGGAUUGCAUUUUGUCAGUGUCCAAAAGGACGAUGAAAGUGAUCCCGCAGGAUUCUGGUUGUUACGAGAAAUUCCAACUGGAAUAUAAUAUAAUAGAUAUCAUGCAAACAAACAAAAAUACAGUACUUAGCAAAAGGCUGUAUAUUCAUUCAUGCACGAGGAUUGGAGGAAGGAAGAAACGACGUCUUCGAUGUUGCGUGAGUAAGAAAGACAAAUAUUUUUAUAGCUGAGCAGCACCGCAAUGUGUUUACUACAUGUAUAUGUUGUCAAUGUCAACUGCCGACCAGAGCAACGGAUUCAUUGGAUUGCUGGUUGUCUUCGUUCAUGUGUUUAUUGGCAUGAAAGGGAGGUAGCUUGAAGACGGCAACGUACAAGACCGAAAAGAGUGUGAUUCCAAACAACCAUGCCAUAAAGGCCAUGAUGGUGUAGUCCUUGGUAUCGACACAACAGUUGACGUAGGGGAUGAACAACGUCCAGAUGGCCAUGACGACAAAAAGUGCCCAUCCCGUGACAUACGCAGGGACAUUGGUGGGGUUUCGGACCGAGUAUCCCGUGACAAUGGAAAUGGAAAGGAUGAGACCAGCCCAAAUCAUGUGCAUUUUGCGAAACACAUUUCGUUCUCGAUGCUCGCAUCGUUCAAUCACCAAAAUACCAUCCAUCAGGAGCAUCAAUGCCAAGACGGUCCGGGCGGAAUCGAGUGGCAAUCUGUGGCGGGAUUCCCAGUAGGCGGCAAAUCCAAUGGGAAAGUAGCACAUGAAGUGGAAUUCAUUGACCAGAGGACCAGGCGCAAAGGGAGUUCCAAAAAAGUAAGUCGAUCCAAUCAUUUGCGCCACAAAACCACCCAAUGAGGCUGUCAUCAAAAAGAGCCCCCCUGCUUUUAGCACGGCAAACGACCGUUCCGGAAUAUGACGGUCGGCAAAGGUAGCAUAGAUACUUCUGCUGGUACUAUUAAUACUUGUACUGGUGCUGUCAUUGCCACCACUACGUGACGUUGGAAUGGCAAGGGCUUUCAGACGAACAUACGUCAAUGCCAGCAUGGAUCCGCCAAUGGCACCGUAAAACAACGUGCCCGCGAGAUGCUCGCCAAAGUGCGCAAAUUCCUUUUGUUCAAACCAGCCCAUGAUUUCUACUGUUUCAAUGCACCCUCACUUAUUGAUAUUGCAAGAGCCAACUAUACUAGCUGGCUGCUCAACAUAGACUACUAGUAAGUUGAAUGGAUGGAGAGAAGCUCAGACCAAGACUAUACGAGUACAAUACGGUUGUAGUCGAAGCGUCGAAGCAAGCAAACAAAAAUGAGAC